GACCGUACGGAGGAAGACGUCCAAACUCUUCGUGCGCGACUCGUCUACCAGACCAGGAAGAGAGGGAUGUUGGAGAACGAUUUACUGCUGAGCACGUUUGCGCGUGAGAAUUUGGAGGGGAUGAGUGAGUCUGAGUUGAGGGAGUUUGAUCGUCUGCUAGACGAACCCGACUGGGACAUCUACUACUGGUCGAUCGAGAAACGUGAUCCUCCCGCCCGGUGGGCCUCAACACCUUUGCUGGAGAAACUGAAACAGCACGCCAAGAACGAGGGCAAGGUCGUGCGUCGGAUGCCGGACUUG